GCUUUGCCUCUUUCCCUAUUGUCAUCAGCGACCCUUAUUCAAUGUGGAGUUUACGGUUCAGGCCGAAAUGUAGUAACGUCCUAGCCAGAGGUCGAAGAGUUGUUUCUAACUUGAAUAUUUGCUCUUGGCACCGCGCGCUGAUCUUCGAUUCUCGGACUCUCGGCUGGGUUCGGAACCCCGCGCCGGAUUUCUGUUAACACUGAAAGGAGCCUGUGGGGUCCACGGUCGAACCUGAAUCCAACCGCCAUGUUCACGCGCACUCUCCUCCGACACAUCCCCUCUACGCGCUCCGCCAGCACGCGUUCCCCGCGAGGCCUCACAGCUAUCCUCCAAAAGAACCCGGAGGACGUCGUCUUCACGUUCGCGAAGCGAAGUGCUAUCGGCAGAAUGAAGAAGGGGCAGUUCAAGGACACUACCGUUGACGAACUGCUGCUUGCAGUGUUCAAAGCUACUCUGGAGCAAACCAAGCUCGACCCCAGUAAGAUCGACGACAUAUGUGUUGGAACUUGCCAUCCUCCUUCACCUCUCUAUGUAUCCCGGGCAGCAGCCCUAGCGGCUGGCAUUCCGGCCGAAGUUCCGAUUUCCACUGUCAACCGACUGUGCUCCUCGGGAUUGAUGGCUGUUCGGAAUAUCGCGCACGCAAUUCAGGCUGGAGAAACAUCCAUCGGUGUUGCUGUCGGUGUGGAAAGCAUGACAAUGCACCCACGUCCUACGCCACAAAUUUCCGCAUCGGUCGACGAGUCCGCACCAGCUCACGACUGUGUUCAACCUAUGGGAUGGACAUCGGAGAUGGUCGCUGAACACUACAAGGUGUCCCGGGAAACACAAGACAAAUACGCGUUGAUCUCCCAUACGCGUGCCAUCGAGUCGCAGCGCACUGGAAUCUUCGCGGAAGAGAUCAUCCCUCUCGAACUGCAUGGUAGUGUGAUCUCUGUGGACGACACAAUCCGCCCCGGGGUCAGCGUUGAAUCAUUAGCGGGCUUGAAACCGGUCUUUCCGGACUGGGGACAAGCUUCGACGACCGCUGGGAAUGCCAGUGGAGUUGGCGAUGGGGCAGCCAUUUGCAUCAUGACCACCAGAGAACGUGCCGAAAAAGAGGGGAUGGAGAUCCUGGGUAAAUGGGUCGGCAGUGCUGUCGUCGGUGUCGAGCCUAGAUACAUGGGCAUAUCUCCGGUUGUUGCCGUCCCCAAAGUCUUGGAACAAGUUGGAUUGGCGAAGGAAGAUAUCGACGUCUACGAGAUCAACGAAGCGUUUGCUUCCCAGUUUGCCUAUUGCGUGGAAGAGCUAGGCAUCCCGAUAGAGAAAAUCAAUCCCAACGGUGGCUCGAUUGCCAUUUCGCAUCCUUUGGGAAUGACUGGAGCCCGCCAGAUCGUUACUGGGCUCGCUGAGUUGCGGCGGACCAACAAGUCUUUGCUGUGCACCAGCAUGUGUAUCGGCAGCGGGAUGGGUGCAGCAGGAAUCUUCGUCAACGAAGCCCGCAGCGCGAGCAAGCUGUAAAUACGAGUGGUCUUGCCUAGCUUCGAUAGUCAUUCUCCAACGGGAACGCCUUUCCAUCUUUGACGCACUUCACAUUAAGACACAUGAAAGGAAAGGCGUUGUAGGUAAACGCAAGGGUGACUGUGAUUAUGAAUCCUCAAUUUUGCGCCGUAUGUGUGUCAGACUCGUUUUUCAGUGAAUGCCGGCGACAUUCUCCACGUGGGAAGGCCUCGAAAUUAUACUCAACGAAAUUUGUAUCGUUUUGAUCGCAGUCUCAAAAAAUUAGACAUUAUGAACAAUGUGACAUUCAGGACUACUAGAGAGAAAACUACAGCAAACGUAUUGUGCUUCUUGAAGUCUGAGAAGGAACAGUCAAUACAGCAUGUCCUGGCAGAGAGACGUGUAGAGGGGGAAAAAUCUCAGCAAGUCGUUCAUGUCAAUGCUCCACGCUGGCUAGGCCAGUGAUGUGGCGGCAAGUUCUACUCAGAGGUGCCAAAAGGUGCAAAUAUAUUGCGAACUCGUCAUUGAAAAGAAAUGCGGGAAAUGAGCUCACCUUCAACCCAAUAACCUAACUCGGAGAGAGCCAAACACGAUGAUGAAGCAGUAAAGACCCGAAGCAAGAGAGAAAGGGCUGGCGAGAACGCAGAGAGCGCGUUCUGGAUCAGGUUCAAUGCAAUGGGCGGCUU